GCAUUGAUCUCCAAAUUAAACGAUCCCGGAACGGUGUCGGCGUUGAAGGACUGUAUCAGCUUGUUCGACGACGCGCUGAGUCAACUCAACGAGUCGGCGGCGUUGAUGAAUGUGGGUCCCGGUGAGAGUGCAUUGACGGUGAUAAAGGUGAAGGAUAUGCAGACAUGGAUAAGUGCAGCGAUGACUGAUCAGGACACGUGUCUCGAAGGAUUAGAUGAAAUGGGAUCACCGUUGCUUGGAGAAGUAAAAGCGCGGGUGCAGAAUGCUAAGGAGUACAUGAGUAACACCUUAGCAAUUCUCAGUAAUAUGCCUAGUCUUCUUCAAAAAUUUGGCAUCACUAUGCAUUAA